CUCUCUCUCUCUCUCUCUCUAGCAAUGGCUGCAACGAUGAUGUUAAUUGCAGCACUACUCCUAUGGAGUUCAGAGGCUUUGCAGCAUAGAGUUGGAGAUUCAAUCUGGUCAAUCCCUCCCACCAUUAACUUCUACAAAAACUGGUCUUCUUCCUACACCUUCCACACCGGAGAUUCUCUCUAUUUCGACUUCGAUUCGGGGCUCUACAACGUGCUUCAAGUGUCGAGGGGCGAGUUCGACCGGUGCACCGGAGACGAGCCGUACAACGCCGCCUACGACGGCCCGGCAACGAUCCCUCUGCCCCUCAAAGGGGUGUCUUAUUACAUAUGCAAUGUGUCUAACUACUGUGCCUUGGGACAGAAGGUUUGGAUCAUUGUGGAACAGAGUUGAUUCAUACCAAAUCAAGAAAAUAUUUUAUGUUGCACCUUUUUUUUUGUUUUUGGAUCUAGUAGUUUUUUAUAGCUUUUGAGGUUUGAAAAUUUGGGAAAUUCCAUGUUGAAAGUUUUAUGUAUUAUGGUUCUAUUCUAGUUUUUGUUU